CCGGAUGCAUUGCACGUGGAUUGUGCCACCUGGCCCUUACAGAGAAGAAGAAUUAGAGAUUUUGCAGCGAAUUCAAGCCCCAUUGAGUUAUGGCGUUCCACUCCCUUGUCCAAUACAAAGCUGCAAUGAUACAUAUAUAUACGACAGACAAAAAUCAAGCUUUGUGAUUGUAUCUAUGAAUUUUGCUUUUCAGAUUGGUCCAGUUUCUAUAUAAAUUCUGUUUUAUUCGAAGUUGGUGAUCUCAUAGGUCGAGUUACGGACUCGGGGAGAAUUGGAGAGCUUUCUCUUCUUGGAUUUGAGGAGAAAAUAGACGAAAGGCAAUGUUUGGGGGGAGGUAUUAUUGGGGGAGAAGGGAAAUGAAAAGGGGAGGAUUAAUUGUGAUAUUUGCUUGGAUGUCGAGCCAAGAGAAGCAUGUGAAGAACUAUGUCGACCUCUAUUCUUCUCUUGGCUGGGAUUCCCUUGUUUGUCACUCCCAAUUCCUAAAUAUGUUUUUUCCUCAGAAGGCUGAAGCUUUAGCAUUUGAUAUUCUCAACAUACUUAUUGAGGAGGUAAAGAAGAAGCCAUGCCCUCUAGUUUUUGCAUCCUUUUCUGGAGGUCCAAAGGCCUGCAUGUACAAGGUUCUUCAGAUUAUCGAGGGAAAGAGUGAAUUACAAAUGAAUUUGGAUGACUGCCAACUGGUUAGGGACUGCAUUUCGGGCUAUAUCUAUGAUUCUAGUCCUGUGGAUUUUACCAGUGAUCUGGGGAGACGAUUUGUUGUUCACCCAACUGUUCUUAAAGUCUCACAUACACCAAGAGUACUUUCAUGGAUGUCAAAUGUCAUUAGUAAUGGUUUGGAUGCUUUCUUCCUCAGCAAAUUUGAAUCAAUGCGAGCUGAGUAUUGGCAGACACUGUAUUCUUCUGUUAACAUGGGGGCCCCAUAUCUCAUUUUGUGUUCAGAAAAUGAUGAUCUUGCUCCUUAUCAAGUUAUAUGCAAUUUCACUCAAAGACUUCUAGAACUUGGGGGUGACGUAAAACUUGUGACUAUGAAUGGCUCUCCUCAUGUAGGUCACUAUCGAGUUCAUCCAGUUGAUUACAAGGCUGCUGUGACUGAGCUCCUCAGCAAGGCAGCUACGCUGUAUGCCCAGAGAAUUCGACGACUUGAAGGAGAAAGAACGGGUGUAGAGAGGACGCAUGAUGAGACCUCCGAGCCAACUUGUGAUCUGAGGAAAGGAUCUGCCAGUCCAAACCGAAGCUUCCGGGGAGUUACUAUUGAAUCGAGCGACCAGUUCUUCAUGCCAAGCUCAGUGGGGUAUUAUGAGGGAAGGGAUGUUGGCUCGUUGCAAGACGAACACAAGGAAAGCUUGAUACAUUUGCCCAGCCCUCCGAGUAUUAAUACUCAUGGAGUUCUUGGUCAAAUUCUUUUUGAUGUUUGUGUUCCUAAGAACAUUGAAGAUUGGGAUAUAAGAUCAUCAACAUCUUCCAGUAGACAAACGUAUGCUUCUAGUCGGAGGCAUGCGCCGUUUAAUCCCAUCAAAUGCAUACGUCGUUCAAGAUUGUAAAUUCUCUCCCGGUUAUGUGAAGGCUGAUGGGUAUGAACAACAUGCGAGAUCUGUAUUUGGUUUGAAGACUUGACAUGGAAGAUCUCAAAGAGGCAACGACUUGUCCAAAGCUGACUGAAAUUCCUAUGGUUUUUAGGAAGACUUGAUUUAUUGUAAAUCUGAGUUAUAAACAUAUAUUUUAAUUUAAAUUUUUCUCUGCGGUCCAUUUGUGUCU